CCUUAUUGUCUGCCUCUCUUCCACUGUCGAAAGUAAUUUCUGAGGACGGUGAAGGGAGAAGCUGAGAGAGAGAGAGAGAGAGAGAGAGAGCUAGGGCGCGCGGUGGAUGGGAGGGGAGAAGGGAUUGAUGCUGUUCGGGGUGAGGAUCGUCGAUGGGAAUAGAAGGUGGAGGCAGGAAGGAGUCGGAGAUGGGAAGGACGACGAUCCGGUGAGGCAGAGCAUGCUGAAGAGCAUGAGCAUGGUCGAUCUGGCUACGUGCGCUGUGACGGUGUCCGGAGAGAAAAUAGCCGGCGAUCAUGGGUACUUGUCCGAAGGCGGGCUGGAACAAGCGUCGAGGAGGGGAGGACAAGAAAGAAAGCGAGGAGUUCCAUGGACUGAACAAGAGCAUCGAACAUUUUUAGCUGGAUUAGAAAAGCUUGGGAAAGGUGACUGGAGGGGAAUCUCAAGAAACUUUGUGAUGACCAGAACUCCAACACAAGUAGCCAGCCAUGCCCAGAAAUAUUUCCUUAGACAAAGCAACCCCAAUAAGAAAAAGAGAAGAUCCAGCCUUUUCGAUGUUGUGAUCAGCAAAAAAAUCAACAACUCCGGGAAUUUCCCAACAUCAUUGUUGAAGAAAUCUGAUGAUAAUUUCAAGAAUUUUGACAGUCUAAACCAAGAUGGUCAUCCUGUUGGGCUUUCAUCCUUCACCACAAUCCAAUCGCCCGCAGCAAGUUGUAGUAACACCCCAAUUUUCCACAAAAUAAACUCAACUGAAUUAUCAGCCACGAACACAAGGUCAACAGCUUCAGAUCAAACAGAUCCUUCUAUCUUCAAAUUAAGUACACCUAUUCGCCCACAAGAAACAUCGGCGAAGUCUUCAACGAUUGACAACAAUGAUCUAGAGCUCACCAUCGCGCCGCCUCAAUCUCAUCACAGCCUAGCUAAGUUUUCCUCAGGCAUUAUUAGAGUUAUUUAAUUAGGUGCUUCCUUCCAACUCUGUUGUUACUGUUAGAGAUAUUCAUAGGAAUUAAUCUCUAAUUUUUGUAAAUGAAGAAAUGUUUUAUUUGCAACAAAGGAUUUUAUAAACUUGUUUUCUUUUUUUCUUAA